AAAGUAUCAAAUUCAAUUGAUUUCCUCACAUCAUUGGAAGUGAAGUAACAAUCAUUUUAGCAAAAUGAAAUUCGUAGCUGUUUUGGCUUUUGUUGCCUUGGCUGUUGGAGCUAGUGCCCAAUUGGUGCCGAUCCCGUACAAUUAUCCUUCAUCUCUGCUAUACCCGUCAACGCUCCCGUAUUUGGGAGGACAAUAUCCUCUUUACCCUGGAGGAUAUAGCCCAGUUAUCGUUCGCAGUCCAUAUCCAUCACCAUUGGUGGCUCCUUUGGCUUCUCCUAUUCGCAGCCCUGUUCAGAUCUUGGCACUUCCAGGAACUUUGCCAAGCACCCUUCCAGGAAGUGUUUCGAUUCAAGGAACCGUUCCAAGUUCUCUUCCAGGAAUAGUCCCAGGUUCUCUCCAAGCCGCUGGUGUAUAUCGAAAAGAUUAAAACAACGAAACGAUGUUGACUCAAGUUGAUCUAAUAUUCCCUUCCGAUGAUUUUUGAAUAAAUAGUUUAUAUGAAUGAA